AUGCUUCAAUGGUUCUGUGUUUUUUAAUUGCCUCCGACCCAUCUGUCCAUGGAGCAGUUCCUGCUAUAUUAAUUAGCCCCAAGCUGUCUUCCUGAUAUGCAAGAAUCACCCACUCUUCACUUUGGAGUUUCGUCUGAACGGCUAUGUCCAUGCUCCAAGAUUUGCAAGAACUGCCCUAGCCUUUUGCUACUACGGCCAUUCCUACCAGCUUUCACUGUUAUUGCUGUUCUCUUUCUUCUUGAGGGAAUUCGGCUCUACCCAGAAGAUGAAUGGCCUUGCGCUUCCACCUUUACCGGAGGUUCCUGGGUUGCCCAUCGUGGGGAAUUUGCUUCAACUGAAGGAGAAGAAACCUCACAUGACCUUCACAAAGUGGGCUGAAACAUAUGGCCCUGUUUAUUCUAUCAAAACUGGUGCUACUACCAUGGUGGUCCUCAAUAACAAUGAUGUUACCAAAGAGGCUAUGGUUACUAGAUACCCAUCAAUCUCUACGAGGCAGCUGUCAAAUGCCCUGAAGAUCCUAACAGCUGAUAAAUGUAUGGUGGCCAUGAGUGACUAUGACGAAUUCCACAAGAUGGUGAAGCGAUACAUACUUGCAAGUGUCUUGGGCCCGAACGCUCAGAAGCGUUUACGAUCCAACCGAGACACCAUGAUGAAAAACCUUACUAGGCGAUAUCAUGCGCUCAUAGAUGACCAUCCUGUUGAAGCGGUCAAUUUCAGGAAAGUCUUUGAGAGUGAACUCUUUGCGCUGGCACUCAAACAGGCUUUGGGACAAGAUGUGAAUUCCGUAUAUGUGGAGGAACUUGGGACAACAUUGUCCAAAGAGGAAAUGUUCAAGGUUUUGGUGUCAGACAUGAUGGCUGGUGCUAUUGAGGUGGACUGGAGGGAUUUCUUUCCUUACUUGAGAUGGAUUCCUAGGAAAAGCUUCGACAAGAAGAUGGAACAAAUGGCUUUCAACAGGAAUGUGGUGGCGAAAGCCCUGCUCAAGGAGCAGAAACGGAGAAUUGCUUCAGGGGAGGAAGCAGACAGUUACAUUGACUUCUUGAUAUCUGAAGCCAAGACUCUCUCCGAGGAGCAGAUCACCAUGUUGCUCUGGGAGGCGAUCAUCGAGACUUCUGAUACCACUCUGGUCACAACAGAGUGGGCUAUGUAUGAACUUGCUAAGAAUCCAAAAUGCCAGGAUCGACUUGUUGAGGAGAUUCAAAAAGUUUGUGGUUCUGAAACACUUACUGAGGACCACUUGUCUCAGCUUCCGUACUUGAAUGCCAUAUUCCAUGAAACUCUGAGGAAACACAGUCCAGUUCCAAUAGUUCCUCCACGCUAUGCACAUGAAGAUACCCAAUUAGGAGGGUACUUUGUCCCAGCUGGAAGCCAGAUUGCUAUAAACAUAUAUGGAUGUAACAUGGACAAAGAGAUAUAUGACAAACCAGAAGAGUGGAUGCCUGAGAGAUUUCUUGAUGACAAGUAUGACCUGGUAGAGUUGUUCAAGACAUCGGCCUUUGGAGGAGGGAAGAGGGUUUGUGCCGGAGCUCUUCAGGCCUUGUUAAUAUCUUGCACAGCCAUUGGCAGAUUAGUACAGGAGUUUGAAUGGCGACUGAAGGAUGGUGAGGAAGAAAACAUCGAUACGGUUGGACUGACGACUCAUAAGCUUCAUCCUAUGCAUGCAAUGUUGAAGCCGAGAAGAUUGGAAUGAAGAAAAGCAUAGCAGCGACUAAACUUUGGCAUUUUUGUUGUGCCAAUCAGUUUCAUGUGUUUGGUUUGUUCGAACGAUGUUUACUUGUGUUUGAAGUGACGACACAUCCAAAUUACUUUUGUACUCUUCAGAAAACUUUGGAUUUUCAACCAAGUCAGAC